CUAAAUAUCUCACUUUUAAUUAAUGUUGCAUAACGGGUAUAUGCACAUGUACACACCUGGGUUUGUUGUCUGUGAGGAGCUGACAAGUCAAGGAAGCCACGAAUAUUUUACAGCGAAAUUAAUGGUAAUAUGUAUUCUAUGUUUUUUCAGCACAUCAGUUUAUCUGCAGCGACAAAAAACAGGCUGGUGUUUAUGUAAUGGUUUUCCCAGUAGCAGGUUACUCAGAAUAAUAUAAUCCAUUUUAUAUUUACAGAAAAAAACUGUUCCCCGAAUCAGUGAUAAGAAACAUAAGCUUUCAGAUUUUACAAGGCCUGUCAUUUAUUCACAAACAUGGUAGGUGCACGUAUUCCUCUUCGACACCCUGCAAGUGCAUGGGAGUGGCUGCAUACUGCAAGAUUCAUUGAACAGCUGCUAAAGUGUGUCAAAGUAAUUAUGAAACUAUAAAAUGUGGAAUAUUUCAACAAAAGUCAAGCGUCAUCGAAUUUGGCGAUUGACUGAUCUGAAUCUUUGAGUUUGUGAAUCCUCCAUAGCUGCCUCAUCUGACGCCCUUCAUUUCUACAACUAAUGGAUGUGUGGAUACCUCAUAUGUUGGGUUGCAACUUUUCGAAAUUGUAAAUGAAAGUUCAAGCACGCACACACAUUCACAACAAGCAGGCAUGUGCCGUAACAUACCCACGCCACCACAUAUCCAGUAGGACUGCAUGCGCUUUCCUCCCUUUUUAACUGCUCUUCUCAUUAUGCACCUUUUACCCCUCUUUCCUUCCUCUCUUCUUCCAUCUCUUUCGUCUGUCACUAGAGAGAAUAAGAUGUUCUCAGAGAAUGAAAUUAGGAACAUCAUGUUUCAAGUGCUGACUGGGUUGGCUUUUGUGCAUAAGCAUGGUUUCUUUCACCGAGACAUGAAGCCAGAGAAUUUGCUGUGCAUGGGUCCAGAGCUGGUCAAAAUCGCAGAUUUUGGACUGGCCAGAGAGAUACGCUCCAAGCCUCCCUACACAGACUACGUAUCAACCAGAUGGUAUCGAGCUCCAGAGGUCCUGCUCAGGUCAUCGACCUACAGCUCUCCUAUUGACCUGUGGGCUGUCGGCUGCAUUAUGGCUGAACUCUACACACUCCGACCGCUUUUCCCCGGGAACAGUGAAGUGGAUGAGAUCUUCAAGAUCUGCCAAGUCCUGGGAACUGUCAAAAAGAUGGAUUGGCCAGAGGGCUACCAGCUAUCUUCUGCAAUGAACUUCCGCUUCCCCCAAUGUGUGCCGACCCAUCUGAAGACCCUGAUCCCAAAUGCCAGCAACGAGGCUAUCGCCCUGAUGAGGGACCUGCUGCAGUGGGACCCCAAAAAAAGACCCACUGCCAUACAGGCCCUGCGCUAUCCGUACUUCCAGGUAGGCCAAAUAUUGGGGCCUCGUCCACAAAGCCAGGAGGUCAAGAAAGUCCAAGCCAAGCCACUGGCCCAGAAGCAGGCUUCCGAGUCCAGGACUGAUCCCCAGCAGUCUUCCUCUGAAUCUAAAGCCUCCACAGCCUCACUAAGAAAUCAGCAGCAGCAUCAUCAUCACCACCAUCAUCAACCUCUUCAGCAGAUCCCUCUGCCCCAAGCUGAGAGUAUACCAGGAGUCGUCUGCCAUGCAAAAGCAGCAUCACUGGGCGGCGAGAACAGUGUUGGGGGUGGCGCGGCGGGGUUGCUGAACAACAGUCGUCGUCGCUGGGGCCAGACGGUGGCCAAGACCUCAGAUAGCUGGGAGGAGUGCGACCCGUUAGAAGACGCCGCCUCCAACUCCAAGAAACCGAGCCUGGGGAGCGCAGAGGAGGAGAGGGGCUCUAAGGAGCACCACUCACAGCCCAAGGAGCAGAAGCCUCUGUAUUCCUUCAGCACAGUUACCAAGCUACCCAACAACGUGAAGAUGGGCCAGGCGGGCCACAAUCUGCCAGGAUCUGCUGCACGGCAGCACUAUCUCAGCCAGUCCCGCUACUUGCCCGGGUUGAUUGGCAAGAAUCAGACUUCCUCUGUGGAUAGGGAGUCUAGUGGCAUGACGCUGCGGGACCUAUGGGAGAACUCCUCCAACAGUGUGAACAAACCACUUGCUCCCAUUGGAGGAGGAUUAUCCGUCACCAGAACCAAUGCGGAAGAAAAUGCCUCUAAGUCUGUGGAUAGCCCGCAAGAGAAAAUGGUUGUUAAGGAAAGAAUACUGGAGAAAAUCGAUCUCUCCAAAGGGAACUUUGUAAGCACCAAGUACAACCUCUCUGGCGGUUACAUCCCUUCAUUCCAAAAGAAAGAGGUGGGCUCAGUGGGGCAGAGAAUCCAACUUGCUCCUUUGGUUGGGCAGCACGCAAUCAAACUUUCUUCCUCUCCCGAUAAUAAAAACGACAAACCAAAAGCUGCAAAGCUCAAGCCCACAUCUAACUCGUCUUUGAGCGACACCAAUGAAGAUUACGAGGGCUGGAAGAGGAGGAAAGACGGCACUCAGGUGAAGGGGAGCAGCUACUCGGCUCUGGGGAAAACCUCAGGGAAUCUCCUAGGCAGAGCUCCAGCCGUCCAGCCUGUCCACGGACGGGUGGACUGGACAUCCAAGUAUGGUGGAAAUCGGUAGUUCGGGGACGGAGACACAACAAAUCCUGGUUGUUUGGGCACUGUUGCCAUAGCUACACAACUUUGGCUGUGGAAAUUAUCCUGAGCUGAGUUUUGACUCCUGGAGGGAAAAUGAUAAUUUUGUAUGUUUCCUGAAACAAACCACAUCAGGGCCAUGCAUGGCAUGUCCCACAUUCUUUACAAAGGGCAUUUUUCAUAAUGUUUAUCCAUGCAAGAUCAACUGUGCAUGUGCAUUGGAUCUCUAUAUUGUGGAGCUGAAAGUUGCCAUGACCCAAGACUGAUACGGUCUGCAAGACAAUCCCACUGUUUUCCUGGAGGAUCCAGUGAGCCAAUUCUGUUAGUGGUUGGAUAUUCUACAUAGGAUUUAAAGCAUUGCUUUUUUUUUUAACUAGUUUUUAAAUUGUCAAGUGCUGUUUCACUACCAAUGCACAAAAUGUUAAUAGCCUUUUCUCCAGCCUAGUGUUGGUGAUGGAUUCAAACAUUUUCAAUGUAGUGGCUACAAGGCUUACGUCAACUUACUCCAAAUACUGUAAGGCAACUGCAAACAUCUUUUGUGUUAUGCACUGCAUGAACUGAACAUUUUGUAAGCAUUUUAUACAAAUAAAUAUAUGAAAGUUCA